AUCGGGCAGAGAUUCCGGGUCUGAGCUGCGGUAGCCUCUGGUCUGUGAGGAUCUGCAGCCCGAGGAGGGACAAGAGCCAUGUCUGCCCAGCUGUUUGAGGGGAAAGAUCAUGCUGCCAUUUAUCAGAAGCACAGGUUCCCUCCCCCAGACGAGCUCCUUAACAUCAUUUUCUCCUAUUUAGAAGAAAAGAAAGGCAAACCCUAUGACCUGGCGGUGGAUGUCGGCUGUGGAUCGGGUCAGAGCACCCAGGUCCUGGCCCCUCACUUUGCCAGGGUCCUGGGGACGGACAUCAGUGAGGCUCAGAUUCAGCAGGCCAAGCAAACACACAGCCCCUCUCAAGUUUCUUACUGCGUAUCCCCGGCAGAAGCUCUCCCGGUGGCCGAUGGCUCCGUGGACCUGCUCACGGCCUUCACGGCCGCCCACUGGUUUGACAUCAAGCCCUUCAUGAGAGAAGUUGAUCGCGUUCUGAAGCCGGGGGGCUGUGUGAGCCUCAGCUCCUACACCCCCAGAAUGAAGAUCCAUUAUGGGGACUGCUCUGAGGCGCUCACUGAGAUCUUCAGGGAGACUCAAGCUGUCCUUAACAAGUAUGCAAAUGAAAAAUUGCAUGUCCUCCUCUCUGAAUACCAAGAGAUACUAGAUCUUGUGCCUUUUCCAGACAAAAAAAGAGUUACUUUUCAGGGAAGUGGAAUUUCCUUUACAGUCGCCGGCCUGAUGGGAUUUCUACAGUCUUUCUCCAUGUUCCAGACUUUCAAGAAUGCCCAGCCAGAGGCAGCUGAAGCCCUCCUGCACCAGACUCGAUCGAGAUUCUUGGAGACCAUGAAGGUAUCUUCUCUUGAAACUCCCUUAGCAAUAACACUUGAAUAUAUUUGUGUUUUGGCUUGCAAGAUGCCAAAGGAGAAGGUGGCACCUUAGUUUCCAAAUUAGCAAAACUCCUAACCUUGGACCCAGUUCCAAAUCCAAUAAAGAAGCAUAGAAUUGCAAGAAGGAA